GAUGAGGAAAGCCAAGCCUUGAUACUCAGUCUGCAUUGCCAGCCAGAGAUGCCCUCGGCCCUCUCAGCUCUGGUUUCAUAAGUGUCCCUCUUCCCAGCAUUCUUGCUGUCCCACAAGAGGCGGGAGAGGCCAUGGCUGAGGGGACACUCCCCAUUGACACCCAGCCACCCACCUUAUGGCUGCUGCCUUCACCAGCCCUAGGCAGUGAAGGGGGGAGAAGGCGGCGGGUGAAAAGAACCUUUGUGUCCCACGCCAGAAAUCUCACCCCCAGGAAGAGAGCCUGGGCUGCUGCGGGGGCCCGGGUUGGGCUUGGGCCCUGAGGUCACAGAACAGAUGGUCCCAAAUGGAGCACAGGAUGUGUGGAGUAGCCUCUGUCCGCCUCCAGCCCAGGACCCGGCCCCCCGAGUUCUGAGUCCACCUGCUCUUAGGCCUCUGUGAUCAGAAUCAGGCCUCUUCACCUCUCCAAGCCCCAGCUUCCACAUCUAUGAGCUGGCUAUGAAGAGCUGGGUCUGCGUCAUCCUCCCAGGUAAGACUCCUGACUGCGGCCCAUGGGCCUCUGAGGAGGCGUCGUAAGUCCGCCCAGCUCCCCACGUGCUGUGCUUCCACUCAAUGGGAAGGGAGCCGAGGUACCAGGGCCCAGUGGGGCCAGACACUGCCACAGAGGCUGAGAGGGCCCUGUCCAGCGAUCAGCCACGGCCUCUCGACGGCACCAGGAUGGAAGUCAAAGGUCAGCUGAUCAGCUCUCCCACCUUCAGUGCCUCAGCUGCCCUGUUCGGAGAGGCUGCCCCCCAGGUGAAGUCAGAGCGUUUGCGGGGACUGCUCGACCGGCAGCGAGCCCUGCAGGAGGCCCUGAGCCUGAAACUUCAGGAGCUCCGCAAAGUGUGUCUCCAGGAGGCGGAGCUGACCGGCCAGCUGCCCCCCGAGUGCCCGCUGGAGCCUGGGGAACGGCCCCAGCUGGUCCGCCGGCGGCCCCCUGCAGCCCGAGCCUACCCUGCAUCGCACCCCAACCCAGCACACCGCUCCUUGUGCCCUGCUGAGGAGCUGGCUCUCGAGGCCCUGGAGCGCGAGGUGUCCGUGCAGCAGCAGAUCGCGGCCGCCGCCCGCCGCCUGGCCUUGGCCCCCGAGCUGAGCGGCGAGCAGCGCCGGCGCCGGCGCCAGGUGCAGGCAGAUGCGCUGCGGAGGCUGCACGAGCUGGAAGAACAGCUGGGGGACCUCCGGGCCCGCCUUGGCCUCCCGGGGCUCCCCCCGCCACAGCCGCUGGCCCUGGCCGCGGGGGCCGUCGCCGCCGCCCAGGGAAUGUGCCUGGGCACGCGCCUCGCUCAGCUCAGCCAAGAGGACGUAGUUCUGCACUCGGAGAGCAGCUCCCUCUCGGAGUCUGGGGCCAGCCAUGAUAAUGAGGAGCCACGUGGCUGCUUCCCUCUGGCCGAGCGCCCCUCACCACCCAAGGCCUGGGACCAGCUGCGGGCCGUAUCUGGGGGCAGCCCUGAGCGGCGAACCCCAUGGAAACCACCCCCGUCAGAUCUUUACGGGGAUCUGAAGAGCCGGCGGAACUCUGUGGCCAGCCCCACCAGCCCAACGCGCUCGCUGCCCAGGAGUGCCUCCAGUUUUGAGGGGCGAAGCGUGCCUGCCACCCCUGUCCUCACCCGGGGCGCUGGCCCCCAGCUUUGCAAACCCGAAGGCCUGCAUUCUCGCCAGUGGUCCGGCAGCCAGGACUCCCAGAUGGGCUUCCCCCGGGCAGAGCCUGCCUCCGACCGCGCCUCCCUCUUCGCAGCCCGCACCCGUCGCAGCAACAGCUCUGAGGCCCUGCUCGUGGACCGGGCGGCCGGUGGGGGAGCUGGCUCCCCGCCUGCGCCUCUGGCUCCCCCUGCCGCUGGCCCCCCGGUCUGCAAGAGCAGCGAGGUGCUGUACGAGCGCCCCCAACCAACCCCUGCCUUCUCCUCCCGCACAGCUGGCCCCCCAGACCCUCCCCGGGCUGCCCGGCCUAGCUCAGCUGCCCCUGCCUCCCGUGGGGCCCCCCGGCUCCCACCCGUGUGCGGGGACUUCCUCUUGGACUAUUCCCUGGACCGGGGCCUGCCCCGCAGUGGCGGCGGCGGUGGGCCAGGCUGGGGGGAGCUGCUGCCUGCAGCUGAGGUCCCAGGAGCCCUCUCCCGCCGGGAUGGGCUCCUCACCGUGCUCCCAGGCCCACCACCUGUGUAUGCAGCUGACGGCAGCAGCCCCCUCCUCCGCAGCAAGGACCCCCACGCCCGUGCCACCCGCACCAAGCCGUGCGGCCUGCCCCUGGAGGCCGCCGAGGGGCCGGACGUGCAUCCGAACCCUCUGCUGUGGAUGCCCCCGCCCACCCGGAUCCCCCCGGCCGGGGAGCGCAUUGGCCACAAGAACCUUGCCCUGGAGGGGCUGCGAGACUGGUACAUCCGCAACUCGGGACUAGCCGCCGGGCCGCAGCGGCGGCCUGUGGUCCCCCACGUGGGCCCGCAGCACCCGCCCUUCCUCCAUGCCCGCUGCUAUGAGGUGGGCCAGGCCCUGUACGGGGCCCCCAGCCAGGCGCCGCUCCCACACUCGAGGAGUUUCACGGCACCCCCUGUCUCCGGCAGAUACUACGCGGACUUCCUGUACCCCCCGGAGCUGAGCGCUCGUUUAAGUGACCUGACGCUAGAGGGGGAGCAGCCCUCCAGUUCUGACCCCCAGACCCCGGGGACGCUGGUCUGACCCCUUCUGAUACACCCCUUGUUGGCCUGGGCACGACUUUAGUCUGGGGGAGCGCACAGCUGACCUCGCUGAACCCUGGGGUGUGGUUGCUGUCGGUCCUGGGGGGUGCCGACCUGAUCUUCCAAGGCCCCUGGCUCCUCGUGGACCCACAAAGGUGUCUGACACCCUGCUUCCCCUCUCACACUGUGCUGGGAACUGGGGCCCUCAGCCAGCUUAAGAGGGGCGAUGGUGUAACGGGGACUCCAGGCCCCUUUCUCCAUUUCUGUUUACACUUGUGAUUUAGGUCUUCACUGUCUUCCCCCAACACUAGACGUUUUAUAAAAGGGAAACUGUGAUCUCGUCCUGGUUGGGUUCAUUCCUGCCCCCACGCCCAGCCUGUUCCAUUCAGGAAACCCCACCCCCCUAAAAUAAACGGACCAUAUAGGGUCUCAGGGCCCUUUUCGGGGCAGCCAGGAGACUCUGGUGUGAACAGGACCCCCCGCCACCCCCCACCAGGCCAGUUCUUGAGGAGGUGGGCUCUCUGCCCACAUUUGGAAGGACUGAAGUCUGGGUAGGGGGCUUCGGUUCAUUUUCCUACCCCCAGGGGCGCCCGAGGGAGCCCCAGUCUUUGUCCGCCUGUCUGUGCCCGUUGCCUGUACCCGCAGGAUGAGAUGGCCCAGCCCCCGUGCUAUCUAGCCCCAUCAGGCAGCCGGCCGUGCGGGGGGGGCCGGGGGCAGAGCGGCUGGGUGUGUCACGUCCUGGGAUGCUGCGGUGGUGAAGCCUGGCAUCCGCUCGAUGCCAGUAAAAUCCUCAGGUGACCGCUGGCCAAAAGCUGCGUCAUGUCUUCCUUGGCUUGCUUUCCACCCACCACUUUUUAAAACAAAUCUACACAAGCUGUGUUUUCUGAUACCUUUCUGUGACUUUCUGGAGCUGGGGGUCCCCCUAUCUCCUUUACCUGGUGUUAAACUUUUCUUUUUCUACCAAUGGAUCUGGGCCCAAGACACUACCCACACUGGAAGGGGAUUUCUACAAUAAAUGUGUAA